UGUUUCGCGUGCGCCGCCAUCACCAGUCGACGGCGAAGGUGAGGUGAUCUCCGCACACAUCGUGUGAUCUCCGCUCCCGUACGUAGGUGGUGGCAGGGGAUGGCGCCCUCCGGCAAACGCCCCGUGGGCAACGCCGACAGGCUAAGUGAUCUCCCUGAUGGCCUCAUCCACAGUAUCAUGGCGUUCCUCACGGCCCGAGAGGCCGUGCAGACGUGCGUGCUGUCACGGAGAUGGGAGGACCUCUGGUGCUCCAUGCCCUGCCUCGACAUCGACGAGCGCCAGUUCCACGUAAUCGGGUCGAGGGCCUACUACGAGGUUUGGGACGACAUGUCAGAGGAUGAGGAUGACAUCGACUCUGCUAGCCUUGAGGAAUUUGUCAACAAUCUGCUCAUGUUUCACAGCGCGCCAAGACUGGAUAGGUUCCGGUUUCAUGUUGCUUCGUCUCAUGGCAAUACCAAGUUCGUCAACUCGUGGAUACGCCGCGGCGUCAAGCGGUGCCCCAAAGUGGUGGAGAUCCACUCCACCGACGGUUGCAAAUUACCUCAUUUGGGUGGUUCCAGCUCUUCGCGCCUCAACAGGCUGCAUCUUACCGGGAUUACUUUGGACAAAACCUUCACGCAGCAGCUUCGUUCUACCUGCCCGGUCCUCGAUGAUCUGGAGCUCAGGCGGUGUAGGCUUGAUGGUCAUACAGAAAUUGUAUCUUUCACACUGAACAAGCUGACAAUUGUGGAUUGUACAACUAACAAUCCUAGUGCUUUGACCAUCAAAGCUCCAUCCCUUACAUAUCUGCAGCUGGUGAUUACUGCUCUUGAUCGUAACUGGCAAGCUGUUGUAGUAAACCAGAUGACACGCCUCAACAAAGCCACCAUUUGCUUAAAAGAUUCAACAGCGAUGCUGCCAUGCAAGCUUCUCUCCAGCCUAAUGUUUGCGGAAGAUUUACAACUCACUGGUCUUCGAACGCUGGCUAAUUUACACAUUGGAUCCGGUACUUUCCCAGUGUUCUGUAGUGUUAGAAUCUUGCUGCUCGACAAAUGUGAUCUGAGUGACAGCUGUGAUAUACUGGGAAACUUUCUGAACAAUGCCCCUUAUUUGGAGAAGCUUACUCUGCAACAAUGCAAGCUCCCAGAAUGUUCGAAGAAAAGCAAAGCAGGAGGAAAUGUGGAGAGGACAUCUCUACAGUGUCAGGAGACGCCAUCUUUCCAGUGCUUAAGACUUAAGAGGACUGAAAUCAAAUAUGACGAAGACGACGAUGUUCAGAAACUGUUUGACCUUUUGCUUGGCAUUUGGAGGAACCUACAGAAGAGUACCAUUGUGAUUAAGAAGGCUUCAAGAAGUUACUCCAUGAUGUGAUGUCUGUUGCUUUUAUGUUCUAGUAAAACGUAGCAACCCUCUGUCAUUUACAUUGUACUUCAGUAUAUUUUGCUUUUAUGUCCUAC